CUCCCACUCGCUUUGUUUCUUCACUGUAGGACUCGACCGCAUCUCAUGACCGUUCGCGUUAAAUCGUGUCUAUUGAGUAAAUGGGGAGAAAAAAAUAAGGUCUCCGUCUAUGACUGAUCCGUUCCAUAUCUCAAGUAAGAUUGGGAGCUGCCUUUAAUUUGAAUUAAUCAAGAUUUUACGGUUUUUAUUCGCCGCUGGCUGGGCUGGUCGUAUAUGAAAAUGGACCAGGCGGCGAGCCGCUACCAAGUGUUGCACAAUGAGGACGACUCCUCUGAAGGGGCUGCCGGUGGCGAGCCGUCCACAUCGUCCCAGGCCGCUGCCGCUGAGUUAGGCAUCAGCAACCCCGCAGUGGAUACGGAUGCUCCGCCUCCUCCGUAUACUAGUGUGGCGCUCGGAGCAACCGCUGCACCAGAGAGCACAUAUCCAGGGGAAUUUCCCGUUCCUCCACCAUACAGCGUUGCCACUUCUCUGCCCACUUAUGACGAGGCAGAGAAGGCUAAAGCAGCAGCCAUGGCUGCCUCGGCGGUGGAGGUCAUUCCACGAGAUGAGGAUUUUCCGGUUCGGGAUGACUUCAGUGAUGCUGAUCAGCUGAGGGUGGGAAAUGAUGGAAUCUUUAUGCUGGCCUUCUUUAUGGCUUUUCUAUUCAACUGGAUUGGGUUUUGCUUGUCUUUCUGUUUGACCAACACCAUUGCUGGCCGAUACGGGGCCAUCUGCGGCUUUGGACUCUCCCUCAUCAAAUGGAUUCUCAUUGUGAGAUUUUCAGAUUACUUUACUGGAUACUUCAAUGGGCAGUACUGGCUCUGGUGGAUUUUCCUCGUUCUUGGAAUCUUGCUGUUCUUCAGAGGAUUUGUGAACUACCUGAAAGUGCGUAACAUGUCAGAAAGCAUGGUGUCUUCACUCCGAACCCGCUUCUUCCUCUUGUACUAGAGGUCGCCUCACCAAAACAUUCCUCCCUAAUGUGAAAUUCCUUGAUGAUUUGCAACCCGUCAAAUGAACUGGACUGGAUCCCACUGAGGGGAAGAGGAAGAAGAGAGAGAAAAAGAAUAAAAUAGAGCGAGCGUCUCUGCCAAACGCUCUGAACUGAACUCGGUAAAAAUGGAAGGAUUUUCUGAACUUUGAAUGAGUGCAAAUCGACUCUUAAUAUUCAGUUUCACAUCAUUACUUCCCAGUUGGCCUCAGCCCAUAAAUUUCUGGUUUAUUACUUCGAGAAGACAAAAAAAAAAAAUUCCCACACGUUGCAUGCAGAGUAUUGGAUUUGUGUGGGUCGAACAAACUGCAAAAGAUCCCUAGAAAUAUGCAGCCAAGACAUCCUAUGCAAUGUCUUCUACCAAAAUGGAUUAGCCGUCUUAGAUGAUGAUGAUGAUGAUGAUGAUGAUGAUGGAACUAGACUAGUUUAAUUCUCUUUACUUUGUUGCACCCAUAAGGCCUUGGCAAAUUGAAUUGCAUUGCAGUAUUAAUAUAUACCAAGUUUAGGUAGAAUUUGCUUAAUGGUCAAGCUGGUUAUGUAAAGUACAACUGCACCGUUUCUCUUCUUCUUAAGUUUUGUCUAGCUUAACUUUAUAGUAAAUGAUUAAGUAACUUCAUUGAUGUGUUUCAGACUGGAAAUGGAAUUUGUACUUCUCCUAGAAUAUAUAUUUGCAGUGCACCUUAAUUUUCCCUGUCCACUUUUUUAUUGUUAUUGUUUGUUUGAAGUUGUCACCAGUCUAGAUGACUUUAGUUACUUGAAUGCCUGAAUGCUACUGUCAUUUGUUAUAGUACCGUAAUCACAAGCCUCUUCAGCAAUAUCGGAUAUUACAAGAAAUGCAUGGUUAACUCGGUUACAAAAGACUAAUCCGGUAAACAAAAAACCUGAGAAAAAAAACAAACUACUUACAUUUAUUAAAUGUAUGUUAAACAACCAAACUAUUUUAGUUGGAAUAAUGAUUUUGGAUAUUCUCUGAUUGGCAGAGAUGAUUGUGUGCUAUGUUUAUUCUAUUGUCUUGCAUAAUGCCAAUAAAAUUCAAAAUCCUGGGUA